CUUACAUCGUCCUCAUCGAAUCCUGCAACCUCGCCGACACCUCUUUCUUGCCUCAUUCUAAAGAUAGUCUUGGAUCCCGACUUACCUAUCCCUUCUCGUCCUUCACCUCACCGGAAUUCGGAACGCAGAGCGGUCGAUCGGGCGAUACCACUUCGAGCGAAACGCCGUCAUGGUCCUCAACGUGAAGAAGGAGAACAUUCCGCCUCCAGCCGAUGCACCUCCGGCGAAGCGGCAAAAGAUGUCUUCCUACGGGUCCUCGCACACCGCCCUGAAGCAGCAAGACUCGUUUACAGAGGUCCUGGCCCAGCUCGAAGCCGACGCAGAGUCCGCCGAGUAUGCUCAAGGUGGAGGAAUAGAAGGGGAAGCGGACGGGGAGAGAAAGAUCGGGCAUAUCGAAACGAGUGCCGCAUGGCCUCGACCGGCUCUGGGAAAGUGGGACGCUCAGUCUGACAAGAUCGUCUUUCAACAAAUCGACAUUGACGAGUCAACAGAUGCCACCACCGGUUCUACACUACGGCUCUUUGGUUUGACGAAAAAGGGCAAUUCGGUCCUCCUGCAUGUUCACGGAUUCAAGCCAUACUUCUAUGUGGCUGCUCCGAAAGACUUCAUGACCGAGGAUUGCAAGCACCUGAGAGACCAGUUGAACGCCUCGGUGACAGCCGGCAACCAGGCAGCCGUCGUCAACGUCAGCACCUGUAUGCGGAAGUCUUUAUGGGGAUACCGAGGCAACCAGAACGUGCCUUUCAUCAAGAUCACAUGCGUCGACCAGAGGUCCAUUCCGAGGGUGAAAGGGCUCUUUGAGAGGGCUCAGAUCGAUUUCAGAGAUAUGUUCACCCAGGAGGUCAUGACUUACGAAAGCAACAUCGCCUACACCCUUCGAUUCAUGAUUGAUACCAAGAUUGUCGGUAUGAACUGGAUCGAAUUGCCUGCAGGGAAGUAUACCGUGAGAUCAGGGAGCAAGAAGGUGUCAUCGUGUCAGCUUGAAGCGGACUGCAGCUACGACAAACUCAUCUCUCAUUCGCCUGAAGGUGAUGGAGCGGAUAUUGCACCCCUCCGAAUCCUCAGUUUCGAUAUCGAGUGUGCCGGUAGAAAGGGUAUCUUCCCAGAAGCCAACAUCGACCCCGUCAUCCAGAUCGCCAACAUGGUCACACGGCAAGGAGAAAGCAAGCCUUUCAUCCGGAACGUCUUUACCCUCAAUACCUGCGCCCAUAUCGUCGGAUCGCAAGUGCUGGAAUACCAUAACGAAAGGGAAAUGUUGCAGGCUUGGAGGGAUUUCGUAGCCGAGGUCGACCCGGACGUCGUGAUCGGAUACAACAUUGCGAAUUUCGAUUUGCCUUACCUUCUGGACCGAGCCAAAGCGCUCAAGUGCAAUCAGUUCCCCUAUCUUGGAAAGCUUGUUGGUGUCAAGACCGAAGCAAAGGAGACCCACUUUUCGUCCAAAGCCUACGGUACACGAGAUUCGAAACAGGUCGCUAUGGAGGGUCGUCUUCAGCUCGAUAUACUGCAAGUCAUGCAGCGAGAUUACAAGCUGCGGAGCUAUACCUUGAACGCUGUGUGCGCGCAAUUCCUGGGAGAGCAAAAGGAAGACGUGCACCAUUCGAUCAUUACGGAUUUGCAAAACGGUACAGCAGAGUCGAGACGAAGGUUGGCUGUGUACUGUCUCAAGGACGCCUACCUACCACAACGAUUGAUGGACAAAUUGAUGUGCUUCAUCAACUACACCGAGAUGUCGCGUGUCACGGGAGUGCCGUUCAAUUAUCUGUUAUCCCGAGGACAGCAGAUCAAGGUCAUUUCGCAACUGUACCGAAAGGCCAAUGAUUCGGGAUAUCUGAUUCCGGCUUUGAAAGGCGAGGGUACCGAUGACCAAUACGAGGGAGCUACAGUCAUCGAGCCGGUCAAGGGAUACUACGAUGUACCCAUUGCCACCCUCGAUUUCGCUUCGCUGUAUCCCUCGAUCAUGAUGGCGCACAACCUCUGCUAUACGACACUGCUGGACAAGACUACUAUCGAUCGAUUGCGCUUGGAGGAAGGGUCGGAUUACGUGAAGACGCCGAACAAUGACUUUUUUGCAACCCGGAAACUAAGAGAAGGUUUGCUACCUAUCGUUCUGCAAGAUUUGCUUGCUGCUCGUAAGCGUGCGAAGAACGAUCUCAAGGUGGAGAAGGACCCGUUCAAGCGGGCGGUGCUGGAUGGUAGACAGUUGGCGUUGAAGGUUUCCGCCAACUCGGUCUACGGCUUCACCGGUGCAACAAUCGGAAAGCUGCCGUGUCUCGCCAUCUCGUCCAGUACAACAGCAUACGGCCGGGAAAUGAUCGAAGCUACAAAGCAGCAGGUGGAGAAGGAGUUCACCGUCGAGAAGGGAUAUGAGCACAACGCAGAGGUUAUCUACGGUGAUACCGACUCGGUCAUGGUCAAAUUCGGCACUUCAGAUCUCAAAACGGCAAUGGAUCUCGGCGCUAAGGCGGCAGAUAUUGUAUCGGCGACUUUCGUCAACCCAAUCAAACUGGAAUUCGAAAAGGUGUAUUACCCGUACCUGCUCAUCUCGAAAAAGCGUUAUGCGGGACUUUACUGGACAAAGCCUGAGAAGUGGGACAAGAUGGAUACAAAGGGUAUUGAGACUGUACGGCGAGACAAUUGUCGGCUGGUGUCUUCAGUCAUCGAGACAUGCUUGCAUAAGAUGUUGAUCGACCGUGAUGUGCAAGGGGCUGAAGAAUACACAAAACAAACUAUCGCGGACUUGCUGCAGAACAAGAUUGAUAUGUCCCAGCUUGUCAUUACCAAGGCACUCGCUAAAGCAGAUUACGCAGCGAAACAGGCUCAUGUCGAGUUAGCCGAGCGGAUGAGGAAGCGAGACGCAGGUUCUGCUCCGGCUUUGGGAGAUCGAGUAGCAUACGUCAUCAUUAAGGGAAUCAAAGGGGCUGCCGCUUACGAGAAGUCAGAGGACCCACUCUAUGUUCUCGAAAACAACAUCCCGAUCGAUACCAAGUACUACCUCGAUAACCAACUCUCGAAACCCCUUUUACGUAUCUUCGAACCAAUUCUGGGAGACAAGGCUGGAAGUUUGCUGAGCGGAGAUCAUACCCGGACGGUACAGAUCGCCACACCCACUAUCGGAGGAUUGAUGAAGUUUGCCGUGAAGACCGUGACCUGCUUGGGAUGCAAGACUCCGCUGAAGACCAACAAGGAUGGAGCUGUGUGCCAAAACUGCCGACCGAGGCUGGGAGAACUUUACCAGAAGCAUUCCGCGUCGACGGCCUCUCUGCAAGUCGAUUUCGCUCGUCUUUGGACACAGUGUCAACGAUGUCAAGGGUCUUUGCAUCAGGACGUCUUGUGUACUUCGGCGGACUGUCCCAUCUUUUAUCGAAGAACCGCCAGGCAGAAAGAGGUCAAGAGCGCAGUCGAUACCAUGGAGCGAUUCCAUCGCGAGCAGGGGUGGUAGAGCUUGAUCCGCCUCAAAUGACACGAACACAUUUUCGCUUGAUCGCAUACUGAACAGCCGUUGUAUCCCAUUCCAUGAAAUGUUGUGUGUAACCUAGACAUGCCUCUGUACAAUAAAGACGGGUUCCCGAUGCAAGAUGCACGCCUGGUGAACCUGUAUCGCUUAUCGCUUACGAUGCAAAAUGACGAGCCAAGUGAUAUCGUCACGC